ACCGAAUCUCCAUUAAAUCGUUGAGAGAUACAAAGGGCUAUACACUUUAAGCAACUUUAAUUUUCAUAGAUUAUUCAAACAAUUAUGGUUGGUAGAUUCGACCAAACCCACCCUUCCCCUCCGGAGCAAGACGACUCCGACACCUCACCGGAAAACAGCGCCGACUCCCCGGUUUCCGGCACCGAUCACGACACCAAGAUCACCAAGGUUUCAUUUCCCAAACGAAGGAAAUCUGGUCAGAAAAGAGUGACGUCAGUCACAAUUAACGGCGGAGAAAUCAGCAUUCCGCCGGCGGAUUCUUGGGCGUGGAGGAAAUAUGGGCAAAAGCCGAUCAAAGGGUCUCCCCAUCCUAGAGGAUAUUACAAAUGUAGCAGUUCAAAAGCGUGUCCGGCGAGGAAACAAGUGGAGAAGAGUCGGUCGGAUCCGAACGUGUUACUGGUAACCUAUUUUUGCGAACACAACCACCCUCGGCCGGCCGCCAGGAAAGCCGCCGCGACGGCACCAGACGCGGCGGUUUCCGACGACACGAUGCGGCGAAGGGCUACAAGCGACCAUUCUAGUCAAUCAGAAGGCGAUUCCGGGGAAAGGGUCGCCGCCACAUGUCACAAAUCUCCCCUCGCCGCCGGCAAUGAGGUGGAUUGGUUCUUGAAUUUCGAGCCCGCUACACCGUUCGCCAUUCUCGACGAGAGUCCCAUGAUGACGCAAACUAAAGUUACCGACACCGACGACGUGCCGCCGCCACCGCCGCCGCCGCCGGCGGUCUUCCCAAACCGGGUAGAAGAAGACGAAUCCCUUUUCGCCGAUCUCGGGGAGCUGCCGGAAUUUUCCAGGGGAUUCCGGCGAGACUGGGGCGAGAGAUGACGCCGUGGUGUGGGGACCACAUAAACAACUAAAUGUGGGGCCCAAAACCUUGUCCUUAUUAUGCCCAACACGUAAUAUAGUACUCCCAAGGGGUUUUAGAAAAGGUGCAGUGCUUAACGUGCGCCGUAGGAUGCCUACCCAAAGAAUAGAAAAAGAAAGAAUUGGAAUUUCUAUUUUUAUUUGUUUGGGAUUUUUCUUAGGUUUUAGUGUUGGCCGUUGGGGCAGUAACAAUAACAAAGUCCAAUUGGAGGCAUUAUUUGGACUAAAUCUCAUUGUAAUUAGCAAAGAUUUGCAAUGGCUCCCAUUGGCGUAAUGGUGGGUCAUGGUUUUAUUUAGAAAAUUUAACCAUAUAUGUAUAUAUCUUAGUGAUAUGAAGGAAUAAAGUUUAGAAUUUAUUUUUGGUA